AUGCAUUUGGGAGCCGAGAGGACAAGGCGAGGACGCAUCUCUCCCGCGGCGCAAACGAAAGCUCUCCUUUUCAUUGCAACAUGUAUAGCUGUGGGUGUUGCACAAGUACCCAAACAAGCAAUAGAUGUUCUUCACCAACUAGGCCUUGUGAAAGAUGUCCAAGAGCCUUCAGAGACAGCAGUGCCCUCACCAUCCUCUCUGUUACCUCAGGGUGUUCGUCUAACUGCAUCAGGAGUGGUGCUAAGCGAUGAUGCACAUAUUGAGUCCCGCGUCCCCCAAGUCAUACCAUCAAAUCUAGGGCAUCAGUUGACCUUAUUGGUUGGGCUGUACUCUUACAGAGCCAGUAAUGCUUUUCUUUUCAGUGUUAGGAACAAAAGCAGGCUGCAGUUUGGUGUCCAGCUGCUACCGAGGAAGGUAGCAGUGUACACCGGAGGGAAGCAGCCCGUGUACUUUGAUUAUUGUGUUCAUAAUGAACAAUGGCAUUCGUUUGCCAUUGGCAUUGGGGACAAGACUGUCUCGCUAUUUGCUGAGUGUGGAAACAAGUACUACAGCAGUGAAGUACUUUCUGAAGUGGAGACAUUUGAUUCAGAGGGUGUAUUUACCCUGGGAAGGAUGAGCUCUCACUCUGUCAGCUUUGAAGGAGUUAUAUGUCAGCUGGAUAUCAUUCCCUCUGCAGAAGCCUCUGCAAACUACUGUAAAUAUGUGAAACAGCAGUGUCGUCAGGCUGAAACCUAUCGAUCUCUGCGGGGGGCUCCACUUCUGCCACAUGGGCUGGAUGCUUUUUCUAAGAUGAUCAUUGAUGAGGAAUACCAGGAAGAUAUAUCAGCUUAUAGAUGGAAAGAAGUAUCAAACAUGCCUGUUACCAACGUUGCUCAGAUUCACUUUUUACCAGACCACUUUGAGUUAAGAAAUGCCUCUGUACAGGAGUUUGCGGAGACCAAACCUCUGUUGCUGGAAGCUUGGCCUCAAACAGAACUCCAGGAGAACAUUGAUCUGGCUCUUCAGCAGCAGGAGGCGAGCAGAAAAAGAAACAUCACGAAAACCCCUGCAGCAUCGUAUCCAAAUAGUUCAGCUAACACCACAGAAGAUGCAGGCAGACAUAGUGAGCUUUCUCUGAUCUCCUCUGUAAAACAGAGUAAAACUAAAAGCAAGGGAAUGGAAAAAGCAAAACAGCAUUUAGAUGAACCAAACAAAAAGCAGCAAAUCUUCAACACAACUCUGUACAGUUUGCCUGCUGAACUCCCUCUGGAUAAUCGACUUCAUCCGGGGCAGGAAGGUGCAUUUGAUGCUGAUGAGACUUAUCACACAGAAAGCACUUAUGAAAAUGGUAUUGAUAAUUAUGCUUAUGACUAUGAAGAUCUUGGCAAAAUGUUUGAAAGGGGAAGUGUCAGAGGUCCAAAGGGGGAAACUGGACCUCCUGGUCCUCCAGGUCCUCCAGGUUUACCUGGUCCUUCAGGGAAGAGAGGUCCUCGGGGUAUUCCAGGACCACAUGGGAACCCAGGUCUGCCAGGAUUGCCAGGUCCCAAGGGCCCUAAAGGAGACCCAGGAUUCUCUCCAGGACGGGCAAAACGUGGAGAAAAGGGUGAUCCAGGCCCCAUGGGCUUUCCAGGCCCACCUGGGAUCAAAGGCCAGAAGGGUCUUAAGGGUUACCCAGGACUGCAAGGGCCACGGGGUGAGCAGGGAAUUCCAGGAAUGGCUGGCAAUAUUGGGGCAGUUGGUUACCCUGGCAGGCAGGGCCUCGCUGGACCAGAAGGUAACCCAGGUCCUAAAGGAGUCAGAGGUUUCAUUGGACCUCCAGGUGUGGCAGGACAACCAGGACCUGAAGGAGAAAGGGGUAUCCCAGGCCUCCGUGGAAAAAGAGGUCCUAAAGGGAGACAGGGUUUUCCAGGUGACUUUGGAAAUAGAGGCCCCCCUGGUCCAGAUGGAAGUCCUGGAGUUGUUGGUGGUGUUGGUCCUCCUGGAUUUCCAGGACUAAGAGGAGACAUUGGGCCAGCAGGACCGAGUGGACCAUCAGGAAUUCCAGGGCCCACGGGUUUCCCAGGGAGUGUGGGACAGCCUGGAAUGAAAGGUGAUAAGGGUGAACAUGGCCUUGCAGGAGAGCCAGGAGAUCAGGGGUACCCAGGAGACAAGGGUGCUCUUGGUUUACCAGGACCUCCAGGGAUCAGAGGAAAACCAGGACCUCCAGGUAAAAUUGGAGAACCUGGACCCCGUGGACCAUUGGGUCCUCAGGGACCUGAGGGUUUUCCAGGAGAUAUUGGUGUACCUGGAUUAAAUGGCCCUGAAGGUCCUAAGGGAGCUCUGGGUGACCGAGGGCCUCCAGGGCCACAAGGCCCCAAAGGAGUUGAGGGAGAAGUGGGACCAGCUGGACCUGUUGGAGUAGUCGGCCCAAGAGGAAAGCCAGGACAGAACGGUUAUGUAGGUGACCCUGGAGCAGAAGGUUUGAAGGGAGAAAAAGGAGACCAAGGAAGCCUUGGAAAAACUGGUGAAGCAGGAUCAGCUGGCUUACCUGGAGAAGCUGGGCCGUCUGGAGACCUGGGUGAAAAGGGUGAGAGGGGCAGUCCAGGACCUGUAGGUCCUCCUGGAGAAAAAGGUGUCAUGGGCUAUCCAGGACCUCCAGGAGGCCCUGGACCUGUGGGACCAGAAGGAUUACCUGGACCUUCAGGGGCACGAGGACCAUCAGGGCCACAGGGACCCAAGGGAAGAAGAGGGCCAAGAGGUCUCGAUGGUCCUCCAGGAGAACUGGGAACAGAAGGUGUUAAGGGAGAAAGAGGUGAUCCAGGAAAGAAAGGAGUCCCUGGGCUCAUUGGUAAAGCUGGAAAUCCAGGAGAAAGAGGAGAUCAGGGUGCACUUGGUUUGCUUGGGCUUCCAGGAGCCACAGGAGAUAGAGGACCAACGGGAGAGCCAGGUCCAAGAGGACAACCAGGGGAUGCUGGCCCUAUUGGAGAAACGGGUUUUGAGGGACCUCCUGGUCCUGAAGGAGAACCUGGUCUGCAGGGGGAACCAGGCACAAAGGGAGACAUUGGACCUGCUGGGAAGGCUGGAGAACCAGGUGAUCAGGGUUUGAGGGGUGAACCAGGGCCUCCAGGAGAAGACGGUGUUCAAGGAAAAGAUGGCCCAAAGGGAGACCCUGGAGACCAGGGACUUGUUGGAGAAGGUGGUGAAAAAGGAGAGAAUGGAUUACCAGGAAUUGCUGGGCCCCCUGGUGAACCUGGCCUAAUGGGAAUUCCUGGCCCUGAAGGAACACCAGGAAAUCCAGGUCAGAGGGGCCGUUUAGGAAAGAAGGGGGAAAAGGGGCAGCUUGGCCCUCCAGGAGAAACUGGACCUGCUGGUGAUUCUGGCCAACCUGGAAAAACUGGUCCUAAAGGUGCAAGAGGAACUCGAGGUCCCGUGGGACAUCUAGGAGGAAUGGGACCUGAAGGAGAGCCAGGAAUUCCAGGUUAUGGGGGUCACCAGGGUCCUCCAGGGCCCUCAGGGCCCCCAGGCCCCAAAGGAGAAAAGGGUUACCCAGGCGAAGACAAUACAGUCCCUGGACUACCUGGGCCCAUAGGUGAACCAGGUCGAAGUGGUGAACGUGGAGAUAGAGGAGAGCCUGGUGAUGAGGGCUACAAGGGUCAUACAGGUCUUCCAGGGCUUAGAGGACCUAUUGGACAACAAGGACCUCCAGGAGAGCCAGGUGAAUUGGGAGAGCAAGGACUAAAAGGAGAAAGAGGUUCAGAAGGACCCACAGGGAAGAAAGGAGCAACAGGUCAAGCAGGCAAAGCUGGAAUUCCUGGAAAACCAGGGGCACCAGGGCAGAAAGGAGCAGUUGGGUACCCUGGACCAGAGGGCAGUCCUGGGAACCCUGGAAAGACUGGGCUGUCAGGGAAACCUGGCCCUAAGGGCAACAAAGGAAACUCAGGCUUGCCAGGUCUAGCAGGUUAUCCUGGAGCUCGAGGUCCCAAGGGAUUGCCAGGCAUGCCAGGGCCCAUGGGAGCACCUGGACUAAAGGGUGAGAACGGCCUUCUAGGUCAUCCAGGAAAGCGAGGCAGAAGAGGCCUUCCAGGAUCAGCAGGUGACCAAGGAGCAGCAGGAGAGCCUGGGCUGAAAGGACAGAUUGGAGAAGAUGGAGAUCAAGGUUUAAUGGGGUUUCAAGGAUUCCCAGGUCCAAAAGGCCCUGCAGGGGACAUUGGCUUAGUUGGAAUUCUGGGCCCAAAAGGUCCAAAAGGCCAAGUUGGAUAUAUUGGCCCGGUUGGUCAAGAAGGCAUAGCAGGCCCAACUGGCAGGCCUGGACCAAGAGGUGAAAAGGGCACAAGGGGUGAAAUGGGGCCUCAGGGACGGCAGGGCCAGCCUGGGCCACCUGGACCACCUGGACCGCCAGGACCAAGGGUAAAUUCUGUAACAAGCCUAACCUACCCUAACCAGUGCUUUAUUGAAAGGGAAAAUAACAGGAUCCUCUUCAAAUGUACUCCUUGUUCCACUGUUCAAAGAAUUUACCACCUGCACUAUUGUAUAUUCUUGUUCAUGUUUUUAUAUUCUGAAAUACCUGUUUUUUAGAAACAAGUGGAUCUCAAUGCUGCUGUUCAAGCUUUGUUUGAGUCAAAUGCUGCCUUGCAGAUGGA